CAGACCCUCCUCCUCCCAGGUAUCCGCGGGGAAAGGAGAGCGCAUCUCUCCUCCAGGCACCCCACCAUGGGCAAUGCCUCCAAUGACUCCCUGCCCGAGGACUGCGAGACUCGACAGUGGCUCCCCUCGGGCGAAAGCCCAGCCAUCAGUUCCGUGAUGUUCUCGGCCGGGGUGCUGGGGAACCUCAUCGCGCUGGCGCUGCUGGCGCGCCGCUGGCGGGGGGACGCGGGGCGCAGCGGCGGCCGCAGGAACUCCCUCUCCUUGUUCCACGUGCUGGUGACCGAGCUGGUGUUCACCGACCUGCUCGGGACCUGCCUCAUCAGCCCCGUGGUGCUGGCUUCGUACGCGCGGAACCAGACCCUGGUGGCACUGGCGCCUGAAAGCCGCGCGUGCACCUACUUCGCUUUCGCCAUGACCUUUUUCAGCCUGGCCACGAUGCUCAUGCUCUUCGCCAUGGCCCUGGAGCGCUACCUAUCCAUCGGGCACCCCUACUUCUACCAGCGCCGCGUCACGCGCCGCGGGGGCCUGGCCGUGCUGCCCGCAAUCUAUGCCGUCUCCCUGCUCUUUUGCUCCCUGCCGCUACUGGACUACGGGCAAUACGUCCAGUACUGCCCCGGGACGUGGUGCUUCAUCCGGCACGGGCGGACCUCUUACCUGCAGCUUUAUGCCGCCCUGCUGCUGCUCCUCAUCGUCGCGGUGCUCGCCUGCAACUUCAGCGUCAUCCUCAACCUCAUCCGCAUGCACCGCCGAGGCAGGAGAAGCCGCUGUGGACCCUCCUUGGGCAGCAGCUGGGGCGGUUCCGGGGCCCGCAGGAGAGGGGAAAGGGUGUCCAUGGCAGAGGAGACGGACCACCUCAUUCUCCUGGCCAUUAUGACCAUCACCUUCGCCAUCUGCUCCUUGCCUUUCACGAUUUUUGCAUAUGUGAAUGAAACCUCUUCCCGAAAGGAAAAGUGGGACCUUCAAGCUCUUAGAUUUUUAUCAAUUAAUUCAAUAAUUGACCCUUGGGUCUUUGCCAUCCUUAGGCCUCCUGUUCUGAGACUAAUGCGUUCAGUCCUCUGUUGUCGGACUUCAUUAAGAACACAAGAUGCAACACAGACUUCCUGUUCUACACAGUCAAAUGCCAGUAAACAGGAUGACCUUUGUGGACAGUAGUUAAAAAGUGCUUAGUUAUUAAACAUCUGGAAGAUCAUUUUGAAAUGGUUCCUUAGAGAAAUGAAAACACUUAGU